AUGGCGCGGAAGAUUGGUCGAGAUCUGGCCAAUGGAUCCUCUGAUUCAACAGACAAUGAAUUUGAGAAAAAGGAUGGUGAUUGGAGAAAGGAAGCGGCAACAAAUACGCUCGACUUUACAUUUGUGAUAAGGCAUAGAAGAAAGUGUGAUCGAAAGAUGGCGCUCAUAAAUCCGGUUGUAAUAGUGUUGGUGGUUCACGCUUUGACCGCAGCCUCAGAUUCCCUUUGCAAUACUGGUAUUUCCAUUCCCUGGAACGGUGGUUACCAGUGCAUUUGUCCACCAAACAAACAAGGCAAAAACUGUAGUGAAGAUGUUCCAAAUGCUGAUAAUUGUACUUGGCCUGGAAAUGAGAACGCAUGUUCCUCAGCUCCAUGUCAUGGAGAGGCAGCCGUGUGUAUAAACACAUUUGGUGGGAAUUUUAAAUGCUUAUGCCCAACCGGGACAAAUGGUAGUCGUUGUAGUCGAGGGGAGUAUUGCUUUCCCUGCUCAAGUAAAAGAUGGAGGAAUGUCACUUGUACUGUGUUCGACAAAAGGCCAUUCUUGGCAUCCAUGUCUAUGGAAGACGUAACACUCAAGACUCAGGUAUCAAGGACACAAUGCACGAUGAUUGACAAAUGGGACUUCGAUUACAGCACAGGGACCCUGUGGGUAGCUAAAGGUUGCAGAGGCGAGUUUUGUGUGCACUUUCAAGAAUCUGAAUCAGCUACACCAGCUACAUCAGCUACACCAGCGACAUCAGCUACACCAGCUACAUCAGCUACCCCAGCUACAUCAGCUACGGCGGCUACAUCAGCUACCCUAGCUACAUCAGCUACACCAGCUACACCAGCUACAUCAGCUACACCGACUACAUCAGCUACACCAGCUACAUCAGCUACCCCAGCUACAUCAGCUACCCCAGCUACAUCAGCUACACCAGCGACAUCAGCUACACCAGCUACAGCGGCUACAUCAGCUACACCGACUACAUCAGCUACCACAGCUACAUCAGCUACACCAGUAACAUCAGCUUCACCAGGUACCACAGAACGACAAGGGAAUACAGCCUGUAUUAAUGGCAUUACUGGCAAGGUAGAAAUUGAAACAACAGAAGACACAGUUGAAGCCCAAUGUAUCAACGGCUCGUUAGUGAUCGCCAACAGGUUUGAUGGUUCGGUCGAUUUCAAUAGAAAUUGGACUGAUUACAAAAGCGGAUUUGGUCAGGUAGACGGAGAAUACUUCUUAGGCCUUAAUAAUCUCAGAUCCAUUUCAAGUAAAGGGAGCUACAAACUUCGUAUUGAGCUAACUACUUGGCCAGAUCAAGGUAGUGUUACCAAAUAUGCGGAAUAUGAUGAUUUCAACAUAGGGCCAGAGGAUGAUAACUUUAGACUUAGUAUUGGAAACUAUUCAGGAACCGCAGGUCAUAGCUUGGCGCAGGAUAAUGGUGAUCAGUUUUCUACGAUAGACAGAGACCAUGAUUCUAACCGUUUUGGAUCGUGUGCCACAUUGAGGUCGGGGGCAUGGUGGUUUUCAAGCUGCUCAAAGUCUAAUAUAUUUGGACCUUAUAUGUCUUCAUCCAAAUGCGUUUCGGAAUUUAAAUGCAUAGUUUGGCAGGAUUGGCCAACACCGAUUGGUGACCCAAAUGUAAGGUUCUACUCAUUUAAAGAAAUGAGGAUGAUGAUUAGAUUAGUUUAAUAUUAAUCAAAAAAUGCACCCGACAAUCCAAAGCUUGCAUAGCAUGGGACAUUUCCUGGGAAGAGACUUGACAAUUGUUUUUUUCACCAUGACAAAAAACAGUUGUUCACACAUUUUUCUGUAUAUAUUUUGAAAAACCUUGUGAUAUAUCGAAUAAAAGUAAAUCUUUCCAAACCAAUUAUAAAUUGGCUAACAC